AUGCUGCAGUUCGUCCUCCUCUUCGUGGUGGUUGCCGGAGUUUAUCUGCUCCUCAACAAAACGCUGUUCAAACGCUCGCGCUGCAGAGGAAACCUGCCCAUGGCCAAGAAGACGGUGGUGAUCACAGGCAGAAACAGUGGAAUUGGAAAAUCCACGACGCUGAACUUGGCUCGAAGAGGAGCUCGGGUCAUUAUGGGAUGUCGGAACCAGCGCACGGCGGAGGCAGCCAUCUUAGAGAUCCAGCAGUGCCACAAACUCUGCUCAUCUGGCUCUCGCUCUAACUCCCGCUCUGAUGAACUGCUCUGA